GCAGGCGGCGUCCGGGGGCGCGGGCUCGGGGAAGGCUGGUCCCCCGCGGGACCCUGCCCGCCGCCGGAGCCGCGCACAGCCCCGGCCGCCCCCCGCCCCAAGCCCCGCCGCGGAGGGGCCGCGCUCCGCCCCCGCCUCCUCCCCGCGCAACUUCCCCGAGCCGCGGCGCCCCCCACCCCCGCCCCCCGCCCCGCGGGUGCGCGCACAGACGCGGGCGCGCCGCGCUGAGCCCAGCCGCGCCGCGCCGAGCCCAGCCGCGCCUCCCCCGCCGCGCAUGGGGCGCGCAGCCUCCGCGGGCGCGCAGCUGCCCCGCCGCCGUUGCUGAGGGGCCAGGGCAGCCGGCGCAGCCCGACCUCCGCCGGCCCCCGGGCAUGCCCGCCCCGCUGGCCGCCGCCUGCCCCGCUGAGCGCUGCCGCGGGCGCGGGGCGGCGCGCCCGGAUGGAGAGCUGAGGCGGUGAGCCCCGCCGGGCCGGGCCGGGAGACGUGACGAUGUGGAUGCGACGGCUCUCGGGAAGCAGGUCAGGUUGCCCGCUCGGAAGCCAUGCUUGGAUUUUAAUAGCCAUGUUCCACCUAGCCAUGGACCUUGCCAGCUGCCAGCCCCCAGCCAGCGGUGCCGGGGGGAGGCUCUCGCCACGGCCAGCGCUCCGGCACAGACUGUCCCGCAGCUCACUGUGGGGCACGGGGAGCGGGGAGGAGCUGCGUCGCCCCGGCCCCCCCUGGACCUGCACCCCUGCACCCCCCCUGCAGAGACCUCGCUCACGCCGGCUGCCCCCCACUGCCCCGCUGCCCACCGGCCGCCCUCCACGCCGGCUCCGCUCCCAGAGGGGCCGGCGGCACCUGCGUGGCCGUGGCUUUGCCCCACGGGACGGACGACCCACGGCGCUGCCCGAAGUCAUCGUUUGGGGCCCUACGGGUGAGGAGGACUCCCUGGAGAGCAGCACGCUGCCCAGCGCCUUUGCCACCGCCGCCGCCACCACCGCUGCCACCACCACCACCACCACCACCACCGCUGCUGCUGCCACCGCCGCCGCUGCCACGCCACCCCGUGCACCCCCCAGCACCCCAGCUCCCGCGCCCGGUGGGGAUGUACCCCGCAGCAGCCCCGGUCGCACCAGCACCGCCGAACCAGCUGCCGGCCACAGCAGUGGCGGCAAGGACGCUCGCCCGCCCCGUGGGCUGGGAGACACCACAGGUCUGGCAGUUCAUCAGAUAAUCACUAUUACCGUGUCCCUCAUCAUGGUCAUAGCUGCUCUGAUAACAACUCUUGUCUUAAAAAAUUGCUGCGCACAGAGUGGGCGCCCACGGCGCAACAGCCACCAGCGCAAGCUGGACCAGCAAGAGGAGAGCUGCCAGAACCUGACCGACUUCGCCCCCGCCCGCGUGCCCAGCGCCCUCGACAUCUUCACCGCCUACAACGAGACGCUGCAGUGCUCCCACGAGUGUGUCCGGACCCCCGUGCCUGUCUACGCAGAGGAGGCAUUGCAUUCGCCCGGGGAUUAUAAAACAACCUUCAACGGAAACAGACCCUCUUCUUCUGACCGGCAUCUUAUUCCCGUGGCCUUUGUGUCUGAGAAAUGGUUUGAAAUCUCCUGCUGACUGGCCGAAGCCUGUUUGACUUCUGGGGGCAGGGCAGACGCCAUCGGGCUGUUUCCUGGAUUCCAUUGGUGAACCUGUAAAAAAUAUAAAAAAAUAAUGGGUUACCUGUACCUACCAUUUCUGUUUACCAGUAGGAGACUCAAAGAGCAGCGUUCUAUGGGCCAAAUAUAUUUUUAUAAAAAUGAACACGCCUAUAGGUAACUGCAUUUUUCAAGGAGCGCGUUUUUUGGAGAAGAGAAAGAGAAAUGUGUGAGCAAAGAAUCCUGUGGAGGAAGAGGAACCGGCGGGGGACUGAGAGGGAAGGACUGAGCGCCUGGAGCCUGGAUUUGGACCGUGACUCUGAACCUGUGCCAAUAAUACCAUUAUGUGCCAUGUACCGAUGCAAAGACUUCACGAGAAGCUGAAGCUAAGUCGAUAACGCCUAGAAACGUUGUGGAGGACGAAUGGGGUGUCUCUUCUGCUGGGAUCAUUCAUUCCGGUCCAUAAACGUACAUACAUACAAUAUAUGUAGAGAGAAAAGAUAUAUAUACACACACAAACACUUUUUGUACUGUAGCAAUUUUUGAAGAUCUUAAAUACUCAUUUUUAAAGAAGAUGUCAUGGGCUAAAAGUCUCGUUUCUUUAACGUGCAUAAUACAAACUAGGUGAACCGAUGUUUUCUACUUUGGCAGCUUGCCUUUCAAACCUAUAUGUGUAUAUAUAGGUAGACAUAUAUACAUAUAUAUAAGUGUGUGUGUAUGUAUAAACAUAUAUAUGUAUGUAUACAUAUAUAUAUAUAUAUAGUUUUGGUUCUUUUUGGAAAUGCUUUUCCAGCGGUGGUGACGUGAUGGCAGCAGCGAGCGGUGGGGGCCAGCUGGGGCGGCACGGUGGGCUGCUGGUGGGAGCAGGGGAGAGGCUUCCCAAAAAACAGCCGGAGCAGGGCUGCGCUGCCCCAUGGUUCCUCCAGCUGUGGAGGGGAUGGCAGAGCGCUCUGGAGGCUGGUCUGGAGGGAAAGGAGAACGGACAUGGGCUGGGAUUAGAGCUAGAAGGAUGCAUCUGGGCCAAAUUCACAAAGUGCAUUCCUGCUGUAGGCCGUCAGAGGAGGCGUAAUGGCGUGGCGAGAGGAGCGGGCAGCAGAGGUGCUCCCCUCUCUCCCACCUGCCCCACUGCUGUAGGGCUCCUGGCUGCACCCGCCUGGUGCAAGCCCCUUUCCCCGACACGGGAUGCUGCGUGUGCAUGGGGCAGUUCAUGCUUCCGCUCCCCCUGGCCCCCGCGGGGGAGAUGUUCCCCGCAGCAGGGCGGCAGGUUGCGGGGCAGGGCAGGGUGAGCAGGCAGCUCGCAGCAGGCGGGUCCCCUGGCUCAUGGCAGCUCGCUGGAGGUGGUGGUGGUGAAGGGUGCGUCCAGCCUUCUGUAGCCUGAUACCUCAUCAAGAUAGAUAGGAUGAAGCCUGCAAGCCUGUGCCUGCCCUUAUUUCAUGGAGCUGUGGUCCGUGCUGUGUCAGGUGUGAUGCCUUGGGGCUGGCUGGGGAUGGCUUUUAGCUGUGGACUGUCAAAAGAUCAGCCUCUUUUGGCAGAAGAGAUAAAUUUUAGGAGAAGAUGUGGGAGGUGGGUUUUUUUUAAUGGCUUCUGAAUUUGUCACAACACCAAAGCUUGCUCAGCCCUUUGUGAGAAACAUGAGAGGAACGAGCCUAUGGCCUCCUGAGCUAGCCCAAGGCCAGCGAGCUCCGGGGAGCCUCUUCCUUUGCUCUCCUGGUCUUGGCUGGGUCUGCCACGGCAGGAGAAGAUGCAUUCCACUGUCCACAAUCACGGGGGUCACUUAAUACCAUUAAAAAGGGACUUUUGCCCAACAGUUUGCCAGGGAAGUAUGGUUCUGCUGCCUCUGGUUUGGUGUGUUGCUCUAGAAACGUGUCACAUCGCCCAUCCAGCUCCUGCAGAGGUGGGUGGUUUUGGUGGGUGCUGAUGAACAUGCCAGCCCACCAGCAAGCCCCCCUGUCCAAGUCUUUCCAUGGAGUCAGGUGCUGCUGUUGGUGCAGCAAGCUGUGCCAUGCCGUGCCCCUCCAAACUGGCACGGCUGGGAGAGCCAGGCAGGAGGGGGGGAUAGUGGCAGCGGGCUGGGGUCUCCCAACAUGCCCAGUGUCUCACCACACUUUGCUUCUGCUCUUUAACAUGUGCCCUGUGCCAAGCCUGGGCUUGCCCAUGUAGAUGGUGCCAAGGCAAAGCUUGCAGAGGGGUCCCGUACAACUCAAGUGAGGGUCUGCUUCACGUCAGACACCGCAGUGGGUCUCGGUUGGGUUGCUGCAACGUUACAUGGGUGGGAAUGACAGCAGAGUUCAGACCAAAGUCCUCCAGUUCUUUUUUGUAACUGCCCUUGGUAAAUACUAGCGAUUUUUUAGAAUUGUCCAGAUAUGCAUUUCUACUCAUCCACUAAUUACUCAGCUCCAUUUCUUUAUUACAAUGAACUUGCAGUUAAAAAAAAAAAAAAAAAAAAAAAAGGAAGUAGAAACUUCUGGCAUUGCAUAUAGCUUCAUGUGCAGUCUCUUUGUUUCCGUAUCCUUUUCUGUCCCUUUCUGAUGGAAUUGCACAGUCUGGAUUAUUUUUCCUGAAUUUUUGGAAGCUGCCCUGGGAAGAAGUCUUCCUUGCCAGACCUGAUGAUUACCUGCAGGCUUAAACCGAGCAUCUCUGAAGGCGCUGGCAACAAUCCCUGCAACUCCAAUGAGCCUCGAGCAUCGCCUUGGGUGCAUUCUGCACCCGGGUCACUGCCGACCGGCAGCCAGAGAGGAGGAGGAGGGUUCCUGUUGCUCCUGGCCAGGUUUUAGUCCAUGACUGAACCCAUUCCUUCUGCGGAGGUGGUUUCUUGUGAACGCUGAGCUGGGCGGGCAUAGGCGGCAGCAGAGAUUCGCGUCCCUGGGGCUGGGUCUUGGUGUUGGAGGGUUUUGAACAGGUCUGGGUCCCCUUAGACUUUGGCAGCGGAGUAGAGAUCUCAUCUUUGUGUGUGUUUCUUAAAAGCAAACCUUGCAAUGAUGGGGCUGGGCGCUGAGGGGUGUCUGCUGGGCGGCUCUCCAGGGUGGUGGGUGGGAUGCCUGCCCAGGAUACUUCUGAGGCAGGGGAUGGUGUCUCACUGGAGGAGCAAGCCCCCCAGGCUUUGGCCUUCCCUGAGAAACAUGGGGAAUGUUUGCCCUCGGGGUGUGCCAGGAUUCUGCCCCAAAACAGGGAGGCAUGGCACUGCGGGAGGUCCCAGAACCACCGCAGGCAGCCUCACCUGGGCGCCAGGGAGGCUCUGGGCUGCAGUGGGGUGCAAUUAAAAGCACGAUGCGUUACCCUGCUUGGAUGGUGGAUGCCCCCAUGCAGUGGCUGUGCAGGGGAUGCCCUGGGUGCUGCUGGCCCCAGGGCUGCCCUAGAGCCAGGCUUUGCUGGGAUCAGCCAAAAACCCACACAAGGAGUGCAGAUUCUGAGCGACAACUCCAAGGUGAUCUGUCAUCUCAGUACGCUCGGAUGUUUGUGUUCUACUGUUGUAAAUGGUGCAGCCCCUGCAAAUUACCCUUGCUGGCAUAGUUUUUGAAUUCUCCUUCUUCAUUUGACUUUGCUGGCAUCAAUCCACUCCAGCUCGGGAGCCGCGUCUGUUGUGCUUCACCCAUUGAUCUUCCUGUUUAUUUGUAUGUGCUGGCUGCACCCAGUAGUUCUUGUGGGGACUCCAGUGUAAGCUCAAUAGCAAUUUGACAUCAUGAAAUAUAUCUUGACUCCCUCGUUCCCGAGAGUUUGAAGCAUCGUUCUGUAUUUCUGCGUGUAUGGAACACGCUGCCUGAAGGAGAGUCAUCAGGCGGAGCUGGGGGCUGGGAGGGCGGGCAGCACUGGUGCUGGCGGUGAUGAUGAUGGUGAUGGAGAGGCGCCCUGCCUUGAACCUGGCACUCAGCUCCUGGGAAAUUCCCUGCAGAGCUGGAGGCAAGGAGAGGAAAAUGUGUGUGUGUGUGUGUCUGUGUCUGUGUGUGUGUGUCUGUGUGUGUGAGAGGGAGAGAGAGUGAAGGCAAAUAACUUUGGCCCCAGACGACAGGAGCAGGUUUCUGAUGGCAGGCUUUGCAUGAGCUUUCCACAUAGUCUGCAAGAAGGACACGUCCUGGUCACCGAGAGAUGAGCGGUGAACCGAGGAACAAAAGUAGAUGCACAAUCUUCCCUUAUUUAUAAGGACCAACAGCACUUGCACUUUAUCAGAGAAACCCUCCCAUCCCUAUGCAUGCUAAGCACACCAACAAGGGACGACUGCCUGAAGGAGGGAAGGAAGAAGGGAAGGGCUGGAGCUGCAUAUGCGGUGAUUGAUGUGGCAGCAUCCUAGCAUCCCAAGGCCUUUCACAGUAAAGAAGAAAUGAACUAUGAUUAUUUCAUUCCCUAGUAUUGACGAAAGCCAAAAUACAAGACAGACAUGAAAACAGAAAGUCACAUUUUCAUGGAAUAGACCUAUGGAGCAGAUCUUUCACGCCGUGGAAAAAGCAGGCAGGCAUGGUCUUCACAGACACGUUUCCUCGUGAGUUUUGCCACGUUUUGGCCACAUCAUCUCACCCUGAGGUCUUUUGGCUGCCACAGCCACAGGUGGUAGCUCAAGACGAGCUCCCUUCUGUCACUGCCCUUUGCCGGACACAAAGCUUCAUCCUCAGCUCGCGGGGAUUGUGCCAGGUGUCGUUGGCUUGAGCCAGCCCAAAGCUCAUUCAGCAAUAAUGGGGGAGAUUUUGCCAACGCUCAUGCCACUGGGUACUUCGAAUCAGCUGGAGCGGCUCGUCCAAGCAGCGGAGUCUUGCUCCAGUGCAGGGACAGAAAGGACGUGUGUACAUUUGGAGAAUUAGGGAUUUUUCUGUUCUCACUCAGAAGCUGAGCCCGUUUCCCAGUCUGAUAGCAUUGCACAGGUAGCAGGGAAUGUUCCACCGUGAAAUACAGCCCCGUGCGCUGGAUGGUAUCGUUUGCAUUGCAAGGGAUAAAGCCGCAGCUUGUGAGCAGCAAGGUGGCAGAUGUCCCUUGUGAACAUCCCUGCUGUGUCCGGGGCAGUCUCAUUGCUGUGGUGCAAUGCUGGGGAGCUGCAGGCACGCGUGUGGUGGGACUCAAUGGAUGUGCAGCAAAUCCAGGGGAGUAUCUGCAGCGGGCACAGGGUGCCGCGCAGAGCACAGUCUGGAUGCAGCAUCAGGUGUCCACCACCGCCUAGCAAAACUAUGCCUCCAGUGCGCCCUUCCCUUGGAAAACCAGAGCUUUUUACUGUGUUUUAUUUCAUUGUGUAUCUGGCAGCUUGGGAAAAAGAAGUUUUGACCCUUGCUUUGCCAUAAACUUCCAGCUAGCUGCUUCUUGCUUCUUUUUUAUUAAUUUUACAGAUUUCUUAACCUUUUCAUAGCUCCUAAGAAAUGUGUCGCAGCUGCUGAAAGGCUGCCAAAUUCCCCAGGUGUGUAGCGGUGUGCCUGUGUGUUGCUUGUGGCUCUGUCUUAGAGAAUGGCUUGGGAUGAGCCCUUUUUGUCACCAGCCGGCAAUGCUGGCUGCUCCUGUGCAGGGAUGGCAGCUGCUCUGCUCCCCCCUGGCAUAGGGGAGGCUGGCUCUUCCUCGGGCUCUGCAGCAAGCCCAGACCUCCCGGGGCUGUGCGGGACCCCUCCUCCAUCCAGAUUCCUUGCAGACACCGAGCAGGAGCUGCAGCACUCGCUGCUCCUGCCAAGCCAGGGAGUUGGUGCAACUCCUUGUGUGAGAGCUGCGGGCAGCACUGCUCGCUGUGGCCGGCGCUGGUGGGCUUUUUUCUGUGCCAAACUCAGCUAGUUUGGGGCUAUAGGUCUGAGCUACCAUAUCACAGCAGCUCCAGGUACAGCGGGCAGAUUGCGAGGGUUUGGUACUCAAUCCCCUGGGGGGUUUUGGCAAACAGAGCUAUCCCAAGGGCAGCAACGUCCCGUAGCAUCCCCGGGCGUGCAGGGCAGAGCGGCUCCCGGGCGGCUGCCCAUCUCUCCAGAUCUGAUCGUUUACCUUCACUCUGUCUUCCCAGCUAAUGAAAAGGGCAGGCUGUGGCCGUGGCCAUGGCCUUGGCCAUGGCAGUGGAGAGGCGGCAAGGGAGGCUGCUCCGCAGUGGUCUCCAGCCUCCGUGCCCUUCGCGCUGCCCUCGGGAGGUCAGAGCAGCAAAGGCAAAACGGGCGCGGGAGCAUGUGCCGGGGCGGAUUUCAGGUUACCUCUCCUCCAUUGGCAGCUUGUUGUGAAGGAAGGUAGUUCAGUUAAAAUGGUAGUUAAAUAGUAGAUAUUCUACACAUAUUAUAUAUUUUGUAAAAAAAAAAAAAAUAUAGAACAAAAAUAUAUAUGUACUAUCUCAGCCCACCCAUUUCAGGAUGAAUGUGGUUGGAAUUUUUGUUCAACCAGGUAUAAAAUCUGUAAGUGAUUUUUUCAAAACCAGCAAGAGAUCCCUCACCAUUUCAGAAGUCCGUGGGUUUGGUCUCCAGAUCUCAUGUAACGCUUCUCACACAUUUUUAAGAAUUAUUCUCAGCAUUUGUAGGUACAUUUUUAAUAGUGUCACGAGUGGAGAUAAUAUUUACUUUGAGAAAAAGUAUAUGUUGCACAAAAAUGUACACUAAGGGCACAGAUUUCUGACCCAGAUUCUUCUAUUUUAGGUUCCGAGGGGUUUAUUUUUUUGUUUGAUAGGACAUGUACAGUGAAGUUUACACUUUAUUUUUAUUUUGCCAAAAACCGUUUUCUAACAUGAGACAGCUUUUACUUUGUAACCGGUUUUACAUCACUGAGUACUUCUUUCUUUUCCUGGGAAAAUCCUUCACCGCGAGACAUCCAGCGCAUACGUGUGUGAUGCUCUGGCAACUUCAGGCUGUUGCCGGUGGAAGCAGCCAUCGCCUUUGGCCAUGGCAGUUCCUGCCGGCGCACCCGCGGUGUGAGCCAGGGCGAUUGCAGCAGGGUGCCGGCUGCCCACGGGGCCACGCAGGCGAGAACUGUUUUCUUCCCUAGUGGUUUUUAAUUUGUCUCUGUACUUCGAAGCUGUGUAUUUGGAAGCACUGUAAAUGCCACCCUAUACCGAUUUCCCUGUGUAUAUUUAGUACUCUGAUGUUGCUAUUAAAACUGAUAUGAGAACCGCG